UUUUAGAACUCAGUUUUUUUGUUUUGUGCUUAUGUAUUUUCCAGCAUGAGCUGCUGGGCUAGCCAGCUGCUUAAAAUAUUGUAUUAAUAGCUUGCUAAAUCACAAAGUAAGGUGUAUUGUAGCUAGAUGACACCACGUAGCCAUCGAUAGCAUGCAACAAAAGCCUUAAACCUGUGCCAGAACCGUGAAAUCUGAUGUUCCAAAAUGCCUCAUAAACUCCUCAAGUUACUCCUGGGAAGUUACCAGUGGCUGGCCAGUUACUGGCCCGUCCUUAUGCCGAGGGGAAUCCGCCUGUACACAUUUGAACAGAUCCCGUUAUUCAUGAAAGAAAACCCUUACAUUACAGAUGGAUACAGAGCCCGUUUACAAUCCAAACUUUGUUUAAAAAGCAUCUUUGUGCUGUCCAAUGAAACAGUCAACAUAUGGACUCAUCUGUUGGGCUUCCUCCUGUUCUUCCUACUGGGGGUGAAUGACAUGUCUACAGUCCUGCCGGCUUCAGGUGCCAACAGAGAAGACUAUGUCAUCUAUUGCAUAGCGCUCUUCUGCUUUCAGGUGUGUAUGCUGUGUUCUGCAGGGUAUCACAUGUUCUCCUGCCACCUCUCAGAGAAGACGUGUCACCGCUGGUUGGCGCUGGACUUCGUUGGAAUCUCUGUGGGAAUCCUGGGCUGUUACAUUCCAGGGGUCUUCUAUGCCUUCUACUGCAUCACUUUCUGGAGACAGGUGUACCUGGUGACUGCUCUAGCGUUGAUAUUGGCCGUGUUCUUAGCUCAGAUCCACCCUCACUACCACUCUAAGGAGUGGCGACACCAGCGUACUGCCCUCUUCUGCUCCGUGGCUGGCUACGGGAUCAUCCCCGCCGGCCACUGGGUCUGGCUCAAUGAAGGCCUCGGCUCAGCUGUCGUCCAGUUGUUCCUCCCUCGUGUGAUUGUGAUGUAUUUGAUAGCUGGAGCUGCGUUCCUCUUCUACAUCUCUAAAAUCCCAGAACGCUGCUUCCCAGGUCAACUGAACUAUCUGGGUGCCAGCCACCAGGUGUGGCAUGUCCUUGUGGUGUUUUUGCUCUACUGGUGGCACCAGACUGCAGUAUAUAUAAUGAAAUUCAGGCACAGCCAGCCCUGCCCUCCUUUCUACACCCAGCCUGGUCUCAUAGACUAGACGUAACAUAGUAAAAGUAAAUCCGGGACACUCAAAUUAGUAUGAUAUGUUACGUUUGGUAUGGGUGGUUGGUCGAGGUGGAUGGGUGGGUGAAUGUCUAGCUAUCCAAAAGGUUGUGUGUUCAAAUCUCGUCACUGACAACUUUAGCAACUUUUCAACUACUUACAACUUUUGAGCUACUUUAAAACUACUUAGCAUGUUAGCUAACCCUUCCCCUAACUCUUUUAGCCAGCCCUUCCCCUAACUUGAACCCUUUAACCCACAGGUGUCAAACUCAUUCCACGGGGGGCCGAGUGUCUGCGGGUUUUCGCUCCUCCCUUGUACUUGAUUGAUGAAUUAACAUCACUAAUUAGUUAGGAA